AUGCUUAAUCCAUUCAGUAGUAAUCAUCAUAAUUUUCAAUCAACUGAUAAUGAACAGUUUGAUACUGAAAAAUCCCAUUCAUAUACAAAUCUCCAAUGUGAUUAUACAAAUAAAUAUUUGAAAUCUAAUUGUAUUGGAGAUACUUACCAAUUUGAUUGUGUAUCAACGAGUUCGAAUUUUAAUCCAUUACCUACUACAGAUUAUUAUAAUUAUUCUAAUUAUGAUUAUCAUGAGCCUAAUUAUCAUCAUAGAAAUGAUCAAUCAAUUGAUACUGUAUCCAUAAAUAAACAAACUAUUGAUACAUCUUCUUGGAAUGUGAGUUAUAAUAGUAAUAUUAUCGAUGCCAUUAUUAAUCCAGUGAAUAGAUUAAAUGAAAAUUGUGAAUUUAUUGAAACGAUAAGAACGAAGACAAAUCAUGAUAUUAUUGAUUAUGUAUUGAAUAAUGAAUCGUGGAAAUCAAAUAGUAUGAAAAAUAUAUCAGUUACACUUGAAAAUGCUUCUUUAUGGGAAAGUUUUGAUCGAUUGGGUACUGAGAUGAUUGUGACCAAAUGUGGAAGAAGAAUGUUUCCAAAUUUUCAUAUUCGUCUGUCUGGAUUAAUACCUGAUGCUCAUUAUAUGUUAGCGUUGGAUUUUAUACCAUGUGAUGAGAAACGUUAUCGAUAUUCAUUUCGUACUUCGAGUUGGGUUCAUGCAGGUAAAGGUGAUCCACAAAUUACACCAAGAAUACAUUUGCAUCCAGAUGGAAUAGCCAGUGGGACGUAUUGGAUGCGUCAAGCGAUAUUAUUUGAUAAAUUAAAGUUAACCAAUAAUCCAUUUGAUCAAAAUGGUCAUAUAAUAUUAAAUUCAAUGCAUAAAUAUCAGACAAGAUUACAUGUGAUUUUUGCAGAUGAAAUGGAUGAAAUUAUGAGAAAUAAUCAAGAAAUUAGUCAAUUUUGUACGAAUUCAUCAAAAUGUAUGAAAAGAACAUUUAUAUUUCCAGAGACAAAAUUUUUUGCUGUAACUGCUUAUCAGAAUAACCGAGUAACACAAUUGAAAAUUUCCAGUAAUCCAUUUGCUAAAGGAUUUCGUGAUUGUGAUCCUGAUAAUUGUCGCAUAGAAAACCAGCUGCAACACUUUGAUACAAAUGGAAGUGAACAAUUCACAAAUGAAACUGAUCGUAAAAGAACAAUUAGUCCAGAACGUAGAAAAAAAACUGAGAAAAAUGAAGCAUACUCAAUCGCUCACACAGCUAAAUCAGAUAAAAAGUUUAAAAAAAAAUUACGUCCAAAGAGUCAAUUAAUGAUUACGAAACAAGUCAGAAUGGACGCUGAAUCUGAUCAUUUGUUUGAGCCUUGUUUAUGUAUCCAUAACCAAAGAAUUCAAAAAGCUGAUGAAGUUAAUGAACUUAAAUCCUCAUCAAUGAGUAUUAAACAUGCAUUAAACAACUUCACUAAUUUAACAUCGAACUUUAAUUCAAACUAUUUACAAACACCUUUCGUAAGUAGUUUAAAUGAAAGUGGAAAAGUUAGGAUUCUUUCAUCUCGUAUGUGUGAUAACUUUGAAACAAAAUCAGACGAUAUUAUUAUAGCUAAUACCCCAAGCGAGUUACAUAGAAACAAUGCUUACCAAGAUUUAAAUUUAGAUAGUAAAAUGUUUUCUUACCAUAGAUCGAUUGAUACAUUUCAAAACAAUAAGUUCUAUCACACUGGUAAUGAAGAACAGAAUUUCAAUGCGAACACGUCAUACGAACCAUCUUCCAUUUCAUAUAACUGGUUAGACAGAGAAAGCGGAGCGAAAUUUCAUUUUCAUGAAAGUUCAUCCCCCAAUCAAGAAUUAUCUUCUGGUUUGUCCGAAUCAUGUACUAUUCACAAACAUAUUAACAAUGGUAAUCUUAGUUCAAAUGUAGUAAGCAAACAGCUGAAUAACCUAACCUGUCAAACUAUUAUUCAAGAACACACUGAAGGUUAG